AUGGUAAAACCAAAUGAAGGUAUCUCAAUUGCACCUGCACCACCUUUGACAUUACAACAACUACGUCUCAGUCCCAAAUUAUCACCUACGAAGAACAUUGCUCCUAGUGUUACUACUAGUACUGAUAAUAUUGCAAUGGAUCGUCAUUGUAGUAAUAGUAGUAGUAGUAGUAAUACUGGGAGAUUGUCUUCCAUGUGGAGAGAAGUUCAAGGGUCAAAAAACUGGGAAAACCUAGUUGAUCCAUUGGACUCUCUCCUCCGAUCAGAGAUUAUUCGAUAUGGAGAGUUUGUGGCUGCUUGUUAUGAUGCAUUUGAUCUUGAUCCAAAUUCAAAAAGAUACUUAAAUUGCAAGUAUGGGAAGAGGAGUAUGUUGAGUGAAGUAGGGUUAGGUGAAUCAGGUUAUCAAGUGACAAAAUACAUAUAUGCUACUCCAGACAUAAUAAAUCAUGUCUUCCCAAAUAAUAUUAGUAUUGGCUCAUCAUGUGGAAAAUGGAUUGGUUAUAUUGCAGUAUCAAAUGAUGAAGAAACAAAGAGACUUGGGAGGAGAGAUGUAGUUGUUACUUUUCGUGGAACGGUCACUAUCCCUGAAUGGAUAGCCAAUUUGAUGAGCUCAUUGACUCCUGCUAGUCUUGAUCCUCAUAAUCCGAGACCUCAGGUUAAGGUUGAAGCUGGAUUCUUGAGUUUGUACACUUCCAAUGAAGACAAGAAGUUUGGCCUUGGAAGUUGUCGCGAGCAAUUACUAUCUGAGAUAGGGAGAGUAGUAAAUAAGUAUAAAGGAGAGGAACUGAGUAUAACUUUAGCUGGACAUAGCAUGGGGAGUGCAUUAGCCCUCUUACUAGCUUAUGACAUUGCAGAGUUAGGGUUGAAUACUCAUGAUGAUCACACUGUACCUGUAACUGUUUUUUCCUUUGGAGGGCCAAGAGUUGGAAACUCAGGCUUCAAAGAGAGGUGUGAAGAAUUAGGUGUAAAAGUGUUGAGAAUAACAAAUGUAAAUGACCCUAUAACAAAACUUCCUGGGGUUUUUCUAAAUGAGAAUUUUAGGGUUUUGGGUGGAAAAUAUGAGGUACCAUGGAGUUGCUCAUGUUAUGCACAUGUUGGAGUUGAAAUCUUAUUAGAUUUUUUCAAGAUGCAUAAUCCUUCUUGUGUACAUGACUUGGGUACUUAUCUUAGUUUGCUCAAAUGUCCAAAGAGGUUGCAUGUUCAAAAAGAAGAAGACAUUGAUUUUAUCAAUAAAGCAAAGGAGUUUGUCAUUUCUGGAUUAAACUUCAAUGCAGCCUUGCAAUGGAAAAAUGCUGCUAUGAAUAUGGUGAACAUGGUUCAAUCCCAAAGGACUUAG